AUGGUAUUCAAAAAUUUUAACAAAAUAAACUCAUUUAUAGCAGACAUCUCGAAGCUGGUUAAAAUUAUUAAAACAACAUCGAAACAAAUGGGCAAAAAUAAAGAAAAUUCAGUUGAACAUGUGGAUUUAGAAAAUGGAGUAAUUCAUGGAGUCCUAAAACAAAUCAAAUAUUCUACUAUAAAUACUGCUGAUCCUAAAAUACCUAUUUUGACGAAUGUGUGGUGUUGUGAUAUAUCGCCAUCUCAAUCGAAGGCUUUAAUUACUUUCAUUCGACAAUUUAUAACUCCAAAUGAAACACUACCUCUAGUUCAUGUCAAAAGGUUUAAUAAAGUAACAGAAAAUAAAGCUUCGGAUAAGCCAAAAUCUAUUUUGAGGACAAUAUUAUGUUCUGCAGAUUUAUUUCAGAAUGAGGCAGAAAUUCUUAAUCUACUCGAGGAACAUGGUUCAGAUCUUGACGUUAAAUCUUUCACUUUCUAUCAAAAACAGAUUCCACGAUACCCUGCUACGACAAAAGAAAUUUCUCAAGAAUGGACAUCUAACUAUUGGCCCAUGUCAUGGAAAGGGAAUCCUAAUCAUCAAGCAUUAAAAGCUGCCAAUUUCAAUAUUUCCCGAGAGCGAGCAAUGAUCAAUAAAUUAUUAGAUGCCCUUCAAGAAUAUCGAACUACCAAUAGUACUGGGGUCCCUGUUGUGACUAUAAUAGCGAAAGAAUCAAAAAUGAAUGAAGAUCAUGAAAUUCUUACUGUGAAUUUUGAUAAUAGAAAUAAUCACCCAUUAGAACAUAGUGUAAUGAAGUCUAUAGAAGAAAUCGCAAAAAAUGAGACAUCAAGAAGAUGCAACUUACAGGGAACAAUGCUGGAUCAUGCUGAUAAAAAUGAUUUGAAUUACUUGUGUCAUAAUUUGCUUGUAUAUACAACACAUGAACCAUGCGUUAUGUGUUCCAUGGCGCUUGUACAUUCUCGAAUAGGAAGAAUUAUAUAUAUGAAAGAUAUUCCUGAAACUGGAGGCUUAUCAAGCAAUUAUCAAUUAGGUGAUCGGGACGGCCUUAACUGGAAGUACGAUAUCUGGAAAUGGAUAGGUGAAGAAGAAUUAUCAAGGUUAGAUAGUAUAGUGGGUUCUACGGAAAUCAAUUCUAGAGAUCCAUCAGCCAUUAAUAUUUGA